AUUAUGACAUGCAGUUUUAGGAAUAAGUUUGACAGGCCUUACUACUUUUUAAUCGUGUUUAAAAACAAGCGCCUCAGGCGAUGUUUGCCCACCCUGACGGCGCCCCUCCUCCUCCUCCUUCUCCUUCUCCUCAGUGACAUACACGCUCCCGUCCCAAGCUUCAUCAAAUGCUGCUUGCUCAACUCCCCGCUCCUCACACAAACAAUUUAACUCAUUUCCAGUUGCUCUCUAAAGCGAUCCCACAGGUGUUUUAAUGUCCCGUCGAGAAAAGCUUUCAGCGCAAUGGAGUUACCCCACAGACAGUAUUUGGGACGAGUCCUGAUUGUGACUGCAGCGCUUCUGUCACCUGCGUUCACGGUACUGGGCAAUGACAUCCUUGGCCUGAAGGUGGCAGGAGAGCCAGUGCUUACCCCCAACGCAGUGUGUUUACGACUGGCAGGCCUGACCAAAAAACAGAUGCGUUUGUGUGUGCGCAGCCCUGAUGUCACAGCCUCUGCUCUGCAGGGCAUUCAGGUUGCUAUUCACGAAUGCCAGCACCAGCUCAGAGACCAGCGCUGGAACUGCUCCUCCCUGGAGAACCAUGGCAAGUUGCCCCAUCAGAGUGCCAUUCUCAACAGGGGUUUCCGAGAGAGUGCCUUCUCGCUGUCGCUGCUGGCUGCAGGUGUCGUGCACUUGGUAGCUUCGGCCUGUAGCCUCGGUAAGUUGCGUGGGUGUGGCUGCGAAGCUAAACGUCGCCUGGAUGAUGACAAAAUCCGGCUCAAGUUAACCCAGCUCCAGCUUCAGACUUUCCAGAGGAGUGGGGUGUCUGUAGCAGGUGCAGGAGAGAACACACCCGAGUUUGGUUCACUUCACGGCAGCCUGCCGGCCAAUCUGCACUCGUCCCACGCCAUCAGUCUCCUCAAACCACUGCCGGAUGAGGUCACGCCGCUGCAGGACACCUGGGAGUGGGGCGGCUGCAGUCACGAUGUCCGUCUUGGUGUACGGUUCUCUAGGGAUUGGUUGGAUUCAAGAGGAUCUCCUCGUGAUAUACAUGCUCGGAUGCGGAUUCAUAAUAAUAGAGUGGGCAGACAGGUAGUUACUGACAACAUGAGAAGAAAGUGCAAGUGUCAUGGCACAUCAGGCAGCUGCCAGUUCAAGACCUGCUGGUAUGUUUCUCCUGAAUUCCGGCUCGUGGGAUCACUGCUACGGGAGAAAUUUCUGACUGCCAUCUUCAUAAACUCUCAGAACAAGAACAACGGAGUAUUCAACUCUCGAACUGUUGAGAGCCCCAGCUCGGAUCAGCUCAGAGGCCGGCGGCGGAACAUUUCCCGUGAGUUAGUGUACUUCGAGAAGUCGCCCGACUUCUGCGAUCCUGAGCCCGCAAUGGAUUCGCCGGGCACGCAGGGGCGCAUCUGCAACAAGAGCAGCCCCAGCAUGGACGGUUGCGGGUCGCUGUGCUGCGGCCGAGGACACAACAUCCUCAAACAGGCACGCAGCGAACGGUGUCACUGCCGCUUCCACUGGUGCUGCUACGUGCUCUGUGAGGAGUGCAGGGUUACAGAGUGGGUUAAUGUGUGCAAGUAACCAACCCAUUUUGAUCCAAAUCCCCAUUUCUUUUUUGGACCGAGAGACAAAAACCUGUGACUGCCUGUGUGUUUUGCUCUCCUACAGUGUGUCUGUUUAUCCAUUUCUCUCCUUCUUUAACCUUCAUCAUCUGGGAUCCAUUUGCGUUGUGUUGCUGUUAUGUUCAAAAUGCCAAGUCAGAGAUUGAGGAGGAGGUGACUCAUGUCAUGUCUUUUUUUCCUCGCUUGGAAUCUUCAGCCUCCAGAACCAAGCAAAUGGCCCGAACGCCAUCUGCACGCCUCCAAAUAACAAGGCAUAACAGCAGGAACAAAUUAUUCCUGAGAAAUAUCGGCACUGCUACGGUCUACCUUUUUUUUCAUUUAAAAAGUGCACUUAAUGUAUAUUCCUUACCUUGGCAAAAUGUUUGAGAAGUUUAUGUUGUAAUCGCUCUUGAUGGUGAAAUACCAUCCUAGUAGGUCUGAGGUUUCUGAAACACUGUAUCGUGCAGUAUUAUGAUAUUUGCCCACAUUGAUCAUGAAGAAUCAAUGGCUGUGAUAAUUGAAGGGAACAUCUCAGUGCCUUUUAUGAGGUUUCAUAAGAUGUUGUAGAGAAACUCUCCCAAGUCUGGAGCGAAUCUUGGCCAUCGACUGAGAAUGUGCCUUGCGUAGGGGUCUGAGUUUAGUUGGUUUUUAUGAAAACCAGGACAAUUGUGAAGUUGAUAUGCUGUGUAACCCCAUCCUAACCUUUAUAGAGACAGACCAAUCAGAGAAUGGAGAUGGAUAGAGUGAAGGAACGACUGGAGAACACUUGUGCCUCCCGUGGAUUUUUUGCAGCUGAUUAAAAACAGUCACAUCUCAUCUCAUACUGCUGAACAAUAUUGGAUGCCAGAUGCCUUUGAUGCAAGAAUGGGAAGACAUUCAUACUCUCAAGUCUUGAGUUAAACUGUAUUUAAACAGUUUCCAUUACAAUCAUAUUACAGUGAAUCUGAUGUAUGCGAUUUUUAAACUUUACUAUUGAGCAAUCAGUGCUUAGGGAAUCAAAUUAAUUAUAUGGAUAAAUUAACUUUCAUGUAUUGCUGCCUUUUGCAUUCUUAAGUAGACUUUUAUCGUCGUAAUAUGUUACAAGAACGCCUCAAUUUUUGGUUAAGAAACUUUUCUUGGUUUAUCAUGUGUGUAGGUUUUAGAACCAGGAAAGACCCUCUAGAACAGAGGAGGGGUCAUAGAUCAGUGUAUUAGAUAUAAUUCUUCUCUUCUGGAGAUUUUUUUUUUUACUGAAUCUGACCUCUCAUAAUGGGCAACAGGGAUAGGUUUUCAUAAAGAGUUUUAUAAGCCGAUUGAGGUAUGAACCGGUCUUAUAGGGAUCAGCUGUCCAAAGUUGCACCAUGUGCUGCUGAGUACUGUUUGUCCUUGUCUGUGAAUCUGCAUCUGCAACUGUCAGAGACUGGAGCACUGUGGGAUUUCCUAACUAAAUACAGGCGCACUUCUGAUGUCUACGCUCUGUCUGAGUUCUCUGAGUGCACAAAAAUCACAAACAUCUUAGGAAUAAAUGAGUUUUUCUGUAUGAUUCCUCACGAGACUCUGUAAUGAGGAUGCACUGUGGCGGCUGUGGAUUGAGUGAAAUGACCACCCACGGUCUGCUGGCUUUAUCAAACUUGCUUCUCAUGGUAUUUCCUCUGGCAAUAAAGA